AUGAAAAGAAGACAAAUCACCAAGCCGACAAGAUAGACUUAGAUUUAAUUCCCUCAAGUCAAAGGGCACCUAGAUGCCUUGCCAAAUAGGGAUGAACUACAAAAGAAAUUGGAAACUCCUGAGAGUUAUAGCAAUUAAUAAAGUGGCGCCAAAGAGUAAGGAACUCCUUACAGAUCGGUGACUAGAAUCAAAUCAUUGCUUAAAUAAUCACCAGGUUACUUAGUCCAGCACGGACUUGUGAAACCUGCAGCUGAGCAGUCACCAUCGUCCAAAUUUUUCAUGCAAUUAGAGAGGCAAAAUUAAUCAAAACCCUCUUCAGCAACAACAGCUUGUACUUAUGCCCCCAAUGAACUUUCCACCUACAAGAAUGAUAUGUCUCAGUGUUCCAGAGCUGCUAAAUAGCAGAGAUCUGAUAAGAAGAAUAAUUCAAGUCAAAAAAAGUUGCUCGGACAAAAGAGAUAAGCACAAACCAAAACUGAGGUGAUGGAAUACUUCACAAGAUUAUAAUCAACAGUUGCCAAGUUUGUUGCUAAGAAUUUGAAACUAACUGAUAAGAAGACAGGAUAGACUCUAGAAUUUUCACUUUACUAAGAAAAUCAAAUUGAAGGAUUUAAGAAAUGUGCUAUAAUCACUGAUUACGACAUGUCUAGACUGGAAGUGGAGUAUGACUAUGAUACUGAAGAUGAACAAUUGAUCUAUUCCAAGGAAAUGUUAAAGAGAGACCUCCUUCAAGCAAUUGAAUUUUAUAUCAGAGAAGAUCCAUUUAAGCUUGUAGAAAAUAUUUGCCUUUGA